CGCACUGUUGACUUCCUUCACUUCCACGUCAUUUCGACCAUGACAGCAGAAUUUAUGUCACGGGUAGAGUGCCGAUUAUUGUGGCCUUAACGGGGGAUUUAAGUUUUUUUCCUGUCUGGAGCACAAAAGGAGCAUAAUCAGAAGUACCAGGAUGGGCCAGACACUCCGUAGACUACAGGAACUUGACCGCCUGGGGUACUGCGGACCCACCGAUCUGACAGAUACGGAAGAUCCCAUCAAUACUCCCCAUCGAUGCAAGAAAAAUCAGACUGACCCUGUCAUCACGAGAUUCCCAAACAUUGAGAACCUUCCUCCAGAGCUUAGUCUGAACAUUCUUUCCCACCUCAAUGCCACCGAUCUUUGUCUAGCAGCUUGUGUUUGGGAAAAUCUUGCAAAUGAUGAGAUCCUCUGGCUCGGAUUAUGUCGUGACUCGUGGGGAUAUACUAGUGCCUACAGAAAGAAGCCCUCUGGCCUGACUUACAAACGCCUGUAUCUCCUACUGGAUGAGGCCAGUCUCACCUUCAACUUCGAUCCUUUUGAGGGUGCAAGGUACCUGUUCCAACAUGGCUUGCUGAAUGAUAAUCCUAUGGAGAUAGCGAGGUUCCUUCAUCACACAAAGAGGAUCAGACCAGCCAGGAAGAGAGAGUAUCUGGACCAAAGGAGAGAUGCUCUAUCAAAAAUGGUGCAACUUCAGAAUUUCGAAAACCAGUUUUUACCCAACGCUCUGAGGAACUUUUUUGGUGAAGUGUCAGCCCCUGACCAAAGGGGAGACUACCUCACAGAUAUCAUUGAGAAGUUCUCUGAACGGUUCUGCAACUGUAAUCCUCAACUGGGUCUUUCUAAAGAUGCAGUGUUUGUCUUGUGUUUCUCUCUCAUCAUGCUGUCAGUUGAUCUCGCCAGUCCUCAUGUUAAAAACAAAAUGUCCAAGCGAGAGUUUAUCCGGAACACUCGGAGGGCAGCGGAGGGUGUAAGUGAUGACCUGGCUGGUCAUCUAUAUGACAAUAUUUACCUGAUUGGUCAUGUCGCAGUGGAAGACAGAUAACAUCAACAAUUGUGCUCUAGUGUUUAAAGGUCGGGCUAUGUUGUACAAGAUAAAUUGUUACCAUGACAUGGUGUUACUUAAGACAAAUGUUAAUAUCAGGAGUGUGCAGAGAAAAUUCCUUGUUUCAGUUUGUUUUCCAUAACAGGAAACAUAACAUAAUAUCUUAAUAUAGAAAUGUCAGAGGAAACAUCUUCCUUUCAUUUAGAUCUGAUUAGAAUGUAAGGCACUCUUUUGUUUUUACAAGAACGAAAUAUGAAAAGAAUAUGUAAUGUCAACAGAUCACUACUGUGAGGCUAACACUUUAUAUUACUCAGAUGCUUUAAUGUAAUUCCUUGGUAAAAUAUAAGAAGUACUGUUAUUUUCCUUUUUUAAUAAUAAUGAAAAUUAUACUAUGUCAUCGAUGACAAUUUACAAAGUGUACAACAUUGCCCUUGGCCCUUAUGUUACAUUGUUUUAUAUCAAUAACAGUUAUUAUAUCUUUAUAAAUAGAGUAUUUAAAAAUAUUUUCUAUGAUAACCAGCCAUCCGAAUCAAAACUAAUAUCCAUCCAUUUGUUAUGUGUAAUUGUUUACUUGGUAAAUUGUUGUGAUGUCCAGUGAAUCACUCCUCAAACAUUCUUCACUGACAGUUCAUUGGUGCAAAAUUUAGAUGUAGCAAUAUAACUUUGAGUGUAUUUACACAGAGACUCAUAAACCAACAACCAUUGUUCUUAGUAUUGUAAUCCAGUCAUCUUUGAUUCCAUUAGAUCAUCCACAUUCUCUGGUAAUCCAGUCACCACUAGUAAUCCAGUCGUCAACACUAUUCAUAGAGAUAAUGCAGCCAUUUUUGUUCUAAGUAGAAAAUGUAGCCAUUUUUGUUCCCAGUAGAUAAUCCAGCCAAUUUUGUUCCCAGUAGAUAUUCCAGCCAUUUUUUUUCCAAGUAGAUUAUCCAGCCAAUUUUGUUCCCAGGAGAUAAUUAUUUUUAUAUAAUCCAGCCAGUUUUUUCCCCAGUAGAUAUUCCAGCCAAUUUUGUUCCCAGUAGAUAAUCCAGCCAUUUUUGUUCCCAGUAGAUAAUCCAGCCUAUCUUUUUCCCAGUAGAUAAUCCAGCCAUUUUUGUUCCCAGUAGAUAAUUCAGUCCAUAUUUCAGAAAGAAACCUUUAUUUAAAUUAAGUCAACAAAUUUUGGGGACUUAUUGAUUUUACCACGAUACUUGCUGUUAUUUUUCUUUCCCUUUUCCACUGUAAAGAUUUUGACACUGCUCUUGAAAAGUAUAAGUCAGAUGUUUAACAGACUUCAAUGGAUUAUUACUUACGUCCUAUACUUCUGCAAACAACUUUUUAUUUUUUCUGAAAACAAUCCCAGAUGGCCCCACAGCCGCUGAUUGGCUAAAACAUAUUGAGUCAUAACUUUGGAGCAUCAAAAUGAAAAUUGGUGGAAUGGAUAAGUAUCAGGCACGCUCUCUAAUGAAACAAAACAUAAAUUGACAUUGUCCACAAAAUUGUGAUGGUUUAAGCUGCAUUUGCUACUGUUGGGUUAGUUUGGGGGACUUCUGAAAUGGGCCUCAUUGCAAUUAAAACUGGUCUUUCCUGAUUUUUGAAGAAAAAAACUUUUAUUCAAUGUAGAUUGAGUUGCUUCAGUUAUCAAUAUAAGCUGGCAGCUAUGAUAUAAGUGUCUUAGACAAAUCAAAUGUACCUAACACAUAUAGGCAUACCCAUAUCUUAUUUUAUCAUCAGGAUCAUAUUGUACCCAUUUUCCCCUAUAGCACAGACUUGAAAAUUUUAAGAUAAAGUCUGAUUUAAGACUUUUUUUCACAUGUUGGCUGUAAUGUUAUUUUAAUAUUUCAUUACAGAAAAUACACUACAAAUUGGGAUUUCAGACUUUUUUACAUUCAGCUUCUCUCAUCCCUGAUAACACAUGGCCAUACUCAUCAAAAAACUUUAAUACAGAUCACACAAUUAAUACAUGCAUGUUAUGAGGUUUUCAAGAUAUUUUGAACCAUAACACCUUAGCCUUAACUGUUGCUUGAUGGUUGGAAGCAAAAUUUUGAAUUUCCUUUCAUAAAAUUCUCCUCUCCAAACAAAUCAGAAACUCUUUCAAUGUUUAGAGUGGUUAAAAGCAAGCUUCAUAUAUACAUUGUAGUAACUUCCUCAGUUCUUUCCACGUUUUUAAAAUGUGUUACUUCUGUUUAUGAGAACAAAUGUUAGGUUACCCUGGAACUAGUUUGCAAACAGUUUCAAAAUUUGAUGAACAUUUAUUUAUAAAAUUCUGGGAAGUUCUUUGUGUCUCCUUUAUAAAACUAAGUAAGAAUUACUAAAUCUGUAGGAUAUAAUUUGUAAUUAAAUUGGUUGGAGCAUACACACAAUCAAUAGAUAUAUCUGUAACCCUGUACAUUUUAUAUCGAUAAUCAAACAUCCAGCCACUUUGGUCACCAGUAUUAGUGUCUGGUUUGUGAGAAAGAUUAAUGGGUCUCUAUUGUAUAGAAAAGGAUGCCUCUUAACAGGAUGAUCAGAUAAGUGGGUGCUGGAUUAACUACCCAGUAUAGUGAGUCAAUGGGAUUAUAGUGGGGGUUUGAUAAGAAUGAGGCUGAAUAGUGGGGCACCUAUAUUAGAGGGACUGUAAGUCUGGAUAGAGGGACAACCAGAUUAGUAGGGGCUGGACUAACUACAGGUUGACUGGUUAUUGGGACAACCAGAUUAGUAGUAGGGGCUGGACUAACUACAGGUAGACUGGAUAGUGGGACAACCAGAUUAGUAUGGGCUGGACUAACUACAGGUAGACUGGAUAGUGGGACAGCCAGAUUAGUAGGGGCUGGAAUAACUACAGGUAGACUGGAUAGUGGGACAGUCAGAUUAGUAUGACUAGACUAGCUACAGGUAAACUGGAUAUUGGACAACCAGAUUAGUAGGGGCUGGACUAACUACAGGUAGACUUGAUAGUGGGACAGCCAGAUUAGUAGGGGCUUGACUAACUACAGGUAGACUGGAUAGUGGGACAAUCAGAUUAUUAGGGGCUGGACUAACUACAGGUAGACUGGUUAUUGGACAACCAGAUUAGUAGGGGCUGGACUAACUACAGGUAGACUUGAUAGUGGGACAGCCAGAUUAGUAGGGGCUUGACUAACUACAGGUAGACUGGAUAGUGGGACAAUCAGAUUAUUAGGGGCUGGACUAACUACAGGUAGACUGGUUAUUGGGACAACCAGAUUAGUAGGAGCGGGACUAACUACAGGUAGACUGGGUAGUGGGACAACCAGAUUAGUAGGGGCUGGAAUAACUACAGGUAGACUGGAUAGUGGGACAACCAGAUUAGUAGGGGCUGGACUAACUACAGGUAGACUGGAUAGUGGGACAACCAGAUUAGUAGUAGGGGCUGGACUAACUACAGGUAGACUGGAUAGUGGGACAGCCAGAUUAGUAGGGGCUGGACUAACUACAGGUAGACUGAAUAGUGGGACAAUCAGAUUAUUAGGGGCUGGAAUAACUACAGAUAGACUGGAUAGUGGGACAACCAGAUUAGUAGGGGCUGGACUAACUACAGGUAAACUGGAUAGUGGGACAGCCAGAUUAGUAUGACUGGACUAGCUACAGGUAAACUGGAUAUUGGACAACCAGAUUUGUAGGGGCUGGACUAACUACAGGUAGACUGGAUAGUGGGACAAUCAGAUUAUUAGGGGCUGGACUAACUACAGGUAGACUGGUUAUUGGGACAACCAGAUUAGUAGGAGCGGGACUAACUACAGGUCGACUGAAUGGGGGGAUAGGGACUGAAUAUAUGAAUUAGUGAUAUGGGAAAUAGAACAAUUUGACUAAUUUUGUAAAAUAUAGAAAAUUUUUGGUCAGUUUGUCCAAGUUUGACUUGUUUUGUUUUAAAUCCUAUUGUAGCUGAACAAUAUUUAGCCUCCUAAUAAAUAUCUUCUGACUUGAGGUUUAUCAUAUGAUAUUAAGAUAUUGAUAUUACAGAUCUCAAUUGAGUGUAAAAGUGAAAACAUCCUAAUGCUAAAACCAUUAAUACACAUGUCCUUAGACUGUAAAUCACCUCCAUGGCAGCUCUAUUUUCGCCAUAUAUUCAUGGCCUGGAAAGUAGAUAUGAUAUUACAAUGGUAGCCCUGUGAAUGUGUUGUCCCUGUAUUUAGCUACAUAAAAAUAGUUCCAAAAUGUUAUUAUGAAUAACACAUUUGGAAGCAAAUUACGAAAAACAUGACUUCAAUAAAUACACGUUGUUACCUUGAUCUGAAUUUGUAAAUCCAAUUUACAUGUAUGUAGUGAUAGGGAGAUUUAUGAUUGAUGGUCAUACAUAUGUGUAUGCUUGUGAACAAGUUUUGCUUUGCAUAAGGAAUUGAUUUUACUUUUGUAGUGCUAUCUAUCAGAAACAUUGUCAUUAUAAUUGUUUAUUUCUAUGUUGCAUUAUAUUGUUGUGUUAGCUCAUGUCAUAUGUGACAGCUUGUAUUAUGCAAUUAUGCAGCAUCUGUCUAUUGGGCAACCAAUGUUCCUCAUCAUAAGUAGUCUUAAACAGAACACCAACUUUCUGAGCUAAUUACUUUCAUGAUUUCAGCAAUACAUGAACUUUGAUGAAUGGACAUAACUAUUGCCAAUUUCACUGUUAUUAUUAUGGUUGUGGGUCAUUGUUUAAUUCUGAGCCGCUGUUAUGAAUUUGACAAUUUAUGGUCAUGUUAAGUUUUCAUAGCUUAUACAUGUGUACAUGGUCCAACAAGUCUAUAAAGAUAAUUCAGGACUAAACAACACAUGGAGAAAUCAUAAUCUGAGGUUUAAUCCAGCCUAUUCUUAGAAUAUUCCUAAAAUUGAGAUAUCACUAGUCAUUGGUGUUUUCAAAAACAAUAAAAUGUGUAAGUUAAAUUAAUUUAUUUUACCUUAAUGUUGGUUUACCUGAUAUUGUGUUUUUGGUUAAGGAGCUGAAUAUUCAUAAAUAUCAUCCCUAAAGCACAAUGCAAUUUUUAUUGCCUUUUCCUAAAUCUGGCAUGAAAUGCUCAACUGUCAGAUGUAACUGGAUAUCUAAUUGGUUGAUCAAAAUAAUUUGUGACUUUAUUGAAUCACCGCAUUAUACUGUCAGUAAAUGUUUCCUUUGCAUCCAGUGCACCAAGUUUGGCUAUUUUUGUAUCAUUGAGAGAUUCAAUGUUGCUACUAUGGUCUUGUAUUGUCAAUGUUUGUUUAAGUUAACAGGCCAUUUAUGCCUUUUGUUAUGUUUUCAUGGGGUGAUUUGCAUUCCUCUGUAAUAUAAGUAUCAUCCAGGAUUUUAUUUUUACAAAUUAAAAACUAUUGUUUUAUUUUUACAACAGUUGAUGUUAGUACAUAGUAGUAACAUUAGGAUGUAUGCUAUUUUGCUGUGCUAUUAUUUAUAAUUAAUUGCAAAAGAGUUUUGUUUGUGUGCAAAUUAACAUUGUUUUACACAUGUGUUGUUUAUGGAUGGUAAUUCUAACUUAUUAAUCUGAGGACACAUUUUAAAAGUGCACAAAGUAACUCUCAGUUGAUAAUAAGAAUAAUUAUAUAUUUGCAAUGAAUGUAACUAUUUCACAGAUAUUGAAUAUAAGGUAGCAUAUAUCCUUAACAAACCACUCUUCAUCAAGACUUAUAUAUGAUAUGUGACGUAGAUUUUUUUAUAACAAUAUUCACUGUGAAAUAUGAUUACAUAUGAUAAGAAGAAAUCAUCUUAAACAAGAAUUUUGUCUGUGAAUUACUUCCUCACUGAAACAUCAGCAUUAUCACACAUAUACAUAGUGUUCGAUUUUCCUAUUCUUAAUUUACAUUGUAUUCAAUGGUAUGUCCAAUUGUAGGAAUUAACUUGAUAUAAAGACUACAAUGGUAUAACAGAUUGAAGAAAACAAUGCCAACUGUCUCCUCUGCUUUUGACAAUAUAUAGGAAUGUGAAUAUAUCUUUCAUGUUGAUUAAAGUGUAUUUUAAUAGUAACACCCUUUGGAAAUUUUCCAAGAAAUGUUUUACUUAGAUUUUCUUUUCAUGUACAUCUAUGUAAAUCCUGUGGUACAUGUGAAAUGACACACAUAUUUUGUUUUAAUUGUUAGAGAAUCUAUUGGGUUAUAUGAUUUAUAUGUUAGUCUAAACUUGUCGAGGCUUGUGAUCUGGACUGAAUCAAGACUAAUUACAUGGUGGUGAUCUUGACAUUCACAUUCAUAUUAUCUACAUUAUGGUGAACAUUUAUAUAUUUAAUUAAUGUAAUUAGUUUUAAUGUCACAGACUCCUCUUUAACUGGUAUCAGCAGAAUGUCAUAUCGACUCUCCUUUUACUGGUAUCAGAAGAAUGUCAUAUAUGACUCCCCAUUAACUGGUAUCAGGAGAAUGUCAUAGACUCACCUUUUACUGGUAUCAGGAGAAUGUCAUAUCGACUCUCCUUUAACUGGUAUCAGAAGAAUGUCAUAUAGACUCCCCUUUAACUGGUAUCAGAAGAAUAUCAUAUAGACUCCCCUUUAACUGGUAUCAGGAGAAUGUCAUAUCGACUCUCCUUUAACUGGUAUCAGAAGAAUGUCAUAUCGACUCUCCUUUAACUGGUAUCAGGAGAAUAUCAUAUUGACUCCCCUUUAACUGGUAUCAGGAUAAUGUCAUAUAGACUCCCCAUUAACUGGUAUCAGGAGAAUGUCAUAUCGACUCCCCAUUAACUGGUAUCAGGAUAAUGUCAUAUAGACUCCCCAUUAACUGGUAUCAGGAGAAUGUCAUAUCGACUCCCCUUUUACUGGUAUCAGGAGAAUGUCAUAUAGACUCCCCUUUAACUGGUAUCAGGAUAAUGUCAUAUAGACUCCCCAUUAACUGGUAUCAGGAGAAUGUCAUAUAGACUCCCCGUUAACUGGUAUCAGGAGAAUGUCAUAUAGACUCCCCGUUAACUGGUAUCAGGAGAAUGUCAUAUCGACUCCCCUUUAACUGGUAUCAGGAGAAUGUCUUCGACUCCCCUUUAACUGGUAUCAGGAGAAUGUCAUAUAGACUCCCCUUUACCUGGUAUCAGGAUAAUGUCUUCGACUCCCCUUUACCUGGUAUCAGGAUAAUGUCAUAUCGACUCACCUUUAACUGGUAUCAGGAGAAUGUCAUAUCGACUCCCCUUUAACUGGUAUCAGGAGAAUGUCAUAUCGACUCCCCUUUAACUGGUAUCAGGAUAAUGUCAUAUAGACUCACCUUUAACUGGUAUCAGGAGAAUGUCAUAUCGACUCCCCUUUAACUGGUAUCAGGAGAAUGUCAUAUCGACUCCCCAUUAACUGGUAUCAGGAUAAUGUCAUAUAGACUCACCUUUAACUGGUAUCAGGAGAAUAUCAUAUCGACUCCCCUUUAACUGGUAUCAGGAGAAUGUCAUAUAAACAUGUAUAUUCUCACAUAUUUCCAUUUGAUAAAAUGUUAAACAAUGUAGAACUGGCAUGUAUCAUUUAACCCGGUAAUUCAGUUUGUACAAGUUUUUUGUAGCAUAUACAUGUAGUACACAAUGCAUUGCAUAACUCCUCACAACAAACCACAACAGAUUUUACUAACUACCAAACCAAAUUUAGCAAUUUGAAAAGUUUGACAUUUUUUUCUGGAAUGUGGGAUAUGUUAUUUAAAUUUCAAAUUGUUCUCAAAUUAUAAAAAUAUAACUUUUUUGGGGGGGAAUUUUCAAUAGGCACUACAACCUAACACCACUCAUGUCUUAUCCCGAUGAUUUGUGAUGAAUUAUAUGUACAACAAUAUACAAAUCAAAUACAAAUGUAGAUUAAUGCUGUGUUAUCCUAUCAAUAUUUUUGUGAUUUGUAGUGACACAAGAUUUAGUAUAUGUUUUAUCUGGUUCUUUAUGUAAACACCAUCUAAACUGAUAUAUAUUUAUAUACAUUGUAAAUGAAUACACGUUUCAAUUACUGCUGUUUUAAGAAUUAACUUAUAUUGUACACAUAUUUAUUUUUGUUUUUCAGUCUUAUUUAGUUUUUGUCCGUCAUGAGUUUCCGUUUCAUAUUAAUCUCAUUACAUUUCAAAGGCUUCCAUAUUACAAAGAUGCAACAUUAAAAGGAAAGGAAAGAGGGAUGCAACUGAUAUUGUAUUAAUGAUUUUGGACCUAGUGGAUGCAUUAAGAAAAAUAUUGAACUAUUGUAUUGUAUUGAAAUAUUGUACAGAAGCCUGAACACUAAAAUAUUGCAAAGUAAGAGCUGAAGAGAAAAGGGAAAAAAAUACUACAAGAACUGAUAUUAGAUCAUAAAAAGGUCUCUUAAAGAAUAAAGAGAAAUAAGGUUGAAUGUUUUGUCAGCAUAUGAAUGACAGCUUCACUAUAAAAUAAUUUGCAGCAUCAGUACGAGACUUGCUGCUGGGCCCGCUGUUUCCAGUUAUCUUCCCUUCCCUGUACUUGUUAGUAAAGUUGUUAGGUAUGUUUACUUCCCAAGGUAGACAUCAACAACAGCACAUUGUUAUUAUUAUGCUAUAUAUUUUUGUUACACAAUUGCUAUUUUGUAAUGGUUGUUGUUUGUAAUUUUUAUUAAAAAAGCGUUCAUAAACAAA